AUGGCGCUUAACCACUGCGCCAUUCCCCCCGUGACGGCCUACGACGUGGCGGCGAUGAGGAGGUUGGGCUUUUGGAAUGCUACGGGGAUCAGUAGGAAAACCAAGGAUGAUGAGGUGGAGGCGUGGCUGCAGGACGAGGUGGCGGGGCAGCUGCGGAUGGUGCUCGACUCAACGAGCGGCACGGGAGUGGUUCACGAGAGCGUCAAUUCGUGGGACGAGGGCCUGUGGACGAGGUCCUGGUUCGGAUGGGCGAGCGGGCUGCUUGGAGAGUUGAUUCUGAGGAUAGAGGGAGGCUUGAUUAUUCAUGUAACAAAUAGCCAGGGCGCGCCUUAG